CGCUCUGCUCUCCCGCCUGCUCCGCUCGGUGACUCUGCUCGGGAUUACUUCUGUCUGUCCUCCGGUGUGUUAUCGCUGUUAGCUGUUAGCAUCUUUAGCCGCAGUUUCUACCGCCAGAGAACCGGUGGGAGCAUCAAACCGACUCCUCUGCGGGAUAAAGAAGCCCGAGCCCGGCAGGAAGCAUGUCCACCGCCCUGGAGAGCUACAUCAACCGUACUGUGGCCAUCAUCACCUCAGACGGCAGGAUGAUCGUGGGCACUCUGAAGGGCUUCGACCAGACCAUCAACCUGAUCCUGGAUGAGAGUCAUGAACGCGUCUUCAGCUCCAGUCAGGGGGUGGAGCAGGUGGUGCUGGGGCUCUACAUCGUCAGAGGAGACAACGUGGCGGUGAUCGGGGAGAUCGACGAGGAGACCGACUCCACGCUGGAUCUAGGAAACAUCCGAGCCGAGCCGCUCAACUCUGUGGUGCACUGACCUUUGACCCCUGACCCCCAGUCACAGGACGGGAGCCUGACCAGGGUCAGGGUUCAGACUGACCCGGACCAGCUGAGACCUGGACCAGAGACCUGGACCAGAGACCUGGACCCCCUCUCCUGACAGACUCCUGCUCCUCGUCUUUCUGUUUGUAUUUUUAUAAAUAAAGAUUUGUUCCAGU